AUGAAUUCGACUGAUUUUCAUAGCGAAAACAGUGGAAUUCAAAUUGGACACAGCCACGCCCCGAUCACAGCGGAGUUCUACCAGUCAUAUACCAGCGACGAUAUUGAUCGAAUUUGUCUCCAGCACCUUCAUUGCCCAGACUCCCUAGCUGUGAAAAACCGCUUAAAGGAGGCCAAGGAUAAAUUACUCCGUCAAUCGUUCGAGUGGGUUCUCCAGGACCCGCAGUAUCGCAGUUGGCGGGAUGGGAACGAUGUAUGUCUACUUUGGAUUAAGGGCGGUGCAGGGAAAGGAAAGACGAUGAUGUCGAUUGGCCUGAUUGAAGAGCUCUCACGAGAAAGAGAUCCCUCUACAUUGAUCACUUAUUUCUUCUGCCAAAACGCUGAUAAUGAUCUGAACAACCUUGAAUCGCUUAUCAAAGGUUUAAUUCUCAGACUGGUCAACCAGCGAGUUGAGCUAAAAGAGUCUUUGCGACGUCGAUGGGAUCCUAAGAACGAUCGUUUUAGUGAGGAUGUUACCUUAUGGCGAGCUUUGUGGAAUAUGCUAUUAGAGAUGUUGGACCUAUGUCACGCCUUUAGGAUUUAUAUUAUCGUGGAUGCUCUUGAUGAAUGUCAAGAUAGCGGUAUGGGCGACUUCUUGAAGCUUCUCGUCCGGACUGGACUUGAUAGCCCUUUCCGAAUAAAGUGGCUCUUAACAAGUCGACCUUUGGAAGCUGCUGAACGGGCAUUACUAGCUGGGCAUGAUCAGCUACAAGUGAGUUUGGAGCUGAACUCACAAUACGUCUCUCAAUCUGUGCAGAGCUACAUCUCAUACAAAGUGGAUGAGCUUAGUCGUCAAAAUAGAUAUAAAGAGGUGCUUGCAAGACAAGUGAAAGACAACCUCUUUGUGAAGGCCGAGGGUACAUUUUUAUGGGUGAGCCUAGUAUGCAAAACACUUGAGGGUGUCCACCCAGACAGUGUCUUAGUCAUGAUCCAAGGUCUGCCGCCAGGACUGCAUCCUUUCUACGAUCGAAUAUUACAUCAACUGAAUAACAGCGAGCCACAUAUUGCACGACAGCAUAUGCGACUUCUGAAAGCAAUGACUCUGGCGUAUCGACCUUUGAAAGUGCAAGAAGUUCCGAGCGUGACUGGUCUUACUAGUGAGGACGACAUAAUUGAGGUAUUAGUCGAUCGCUGUGCAUCUUUCAUUAAGAUGCAGGGAAAUACUAUCCAGUUUGUCCACCAGUCAGCCCGAGAUUACUUAGCGAGCGAUCAAGCGUUAUCCAUACUUGAUUUAUAUGAGAGCUUUGGGCACUAUGAUGUUGUCCUAGGUUGUCUAACUCAUUUGUCUAAACAACUAAGGGUCAACCUUAUAGAGCUGCCGCGGCCUGACUCGACAAGAGAAUCCUGGGAAUCACAGAAAGAUAAAAAUCUAAGUGAUGAGCUGUCAUCCUUAGCUUAUGCGGCUAUCUUUUGGGUGCAACAUCUUCAAAAUGUCCAAGCAGGUGAUAUAGCACGGGGCACACUUAUCAGAGAAGGCCCGGUCGGAAUGUUUCUUCAGACUAAAAUGUUAGAAUGGCUAGAAUGCCUUAGUCUAUUAGAUAGACUAUCCGGGGCGAUUCAAUCAUUUCAAGAAUUACUCAAAGUUUGCCAGGAAAUCCCGUCAACCUCAGCACUGUUACAGGACGCUUCCCGUUUUUUGCAGCGACACUACUAUACUGUGUCUCAUUGGCCGUUACAGCUUUAUAGCUCCGCUCUCAUCUUCAGUCCUGAGUCAAGCGUUAUAAAAGCAGGAAACCGGGACAAAAUCCCAGAAUUUAUACAAAAGGCUCCUAUCAUAGAGAAUGCAUGGGCAUCUCUUUUACAGACACUAGUAGGCCACUCAGCUUCGGUUCAUACUGUGGCCUUUUCACCUGAUGGCAAGCAGAUUGCAUCAGGCUCUGAUGAUAGGACCAUCAAGCUAUGGGAUACUGCCACAGGUGGUCUUUGCAAGACACUAGAAGGCCACUCAGGCCGGGUUGGUGCUAUGGCCAUUUCACCUAGUGGCAAGCAGAUCGCAUCAGGCUCUGCAGAUAGGACUAUCAAGCUAUGGGACACUACCACAGGUGAUCUUCAGAAGAUACUAGAAGGCCACUCAGGCCCGGUUAGUGCUGUGGCCUUUUCACCUAGUGGCAAUCAGAUCGCAUCAGGCUCUGAUGAUAGGACUAUCAAGCUAUGGGAUACUAUCACAGGUGAUCUUCAGAAGACACUAGAAGGCCACUCAGGCCCGGUUAGUGCUGUGGCCUUUUCACCUAGUGGCAAGCAGAUCGCAUCGGGCUCUGAUGAUAGGACUAUCAAGCUAUGGGAUACUACCACAGGUGAUCUUCAGAAGACACUAGUAGGCCACUCAUCUUGGGUUAAUACUGUGGCCUUUUCACCUGAUAGCAAGCAGAUCGUAUCAGGCUCUUGGGAUAAGACUAUCAAGCUAUGGGAUACUACUACAGGUGCUCUUCAGAAGACACUAGAAGGCCACUCAGGCCCGGUUAGUGCUGUGGCCUUUUCACCUAGUGGCAAGCAGAUCGCAUCAGGCUCUGCAGAUAGCACUAUCAAGCUAUGGGAUACUACCACAGGUGAUCUUCAGAAGACACUAGAAGGCCACUCACGCCCGGUUAGUGCUGUGGCCUUUUCACCUAGUGGCAAGCAGAUCGCAUCAGGCUCUUGGGAUAGCACUAUCAAGCUAUGGGAUACUACUACAGGUGAUCUUCAGAAGACACUAGAAGGCCACUCAGGCCCGGUUAGUGCUGUGGCCUUUUCACCUAGUGGCAAGCAGAUCGCAUCAGGCUCUGCAGAUAGCACUAUCAAGCUAUGGGAUACUACCACAGGUGAUCUUCAGAAGACACUAGAAGGCCACUCAGGCCGGGUUAGUGCUGUAGCCUUUUCACCUGAUAGCAAGCAGAUCGUAUCAGGCUCUUGGGAUAAGACUAUCAAGCUAUGGGAUACUACUACAGGUGCUCUUCAGAAGACACUAGAAGGCCACUCAGGCCCGGUUAGUGCUGUGGCCUUUUCACCUGAUAGCAAGCAGAUCUCAUCCGGCCCUCAGAAUAAAUUUAGUAGGAUGUCGGAAGUCGCAAAAUUCUUCAAAGACUCAAAAUCCCUUGGCCCGCGUUUUGCUACGCGUGUCAAACCGGGAUCACAUAAAGAAACACAGAUGUUAGGACCGGUAGGAGGUUUAACACUCUCGGCAAAUGCUCAGUCUUGUAUAGUGGAUGCACAGGAGUUAAGCGUGCAAGGUCGAUGGAUAUAUUAUGGAACGGUUGCCUUCCUUCGACUGUCACUAGAUACACAACCACGCUGCUACGCUGUACGCGGUGACUGGGUGGCUAUUGGAUUGUCAGACGGUCAAGUCUGGCGAUUUGCCAUUGAUCGACGAGCUUUACACUCAAUGUUGGAACCCUCUCAAUUUUGA